AUGAGUAGUGAGUGCCAAAGCAUAACUGAUACCCCUAGAUCUAAACUAUCUACAUUCGCCAAACUCAGAAAAUCGCAGUCUACCCCUAAAUUACGUGCAAGACAAGGUGGAGAAGGGAGAAGUUUAAAGCCCAGCAGUCAUUAUUAUCAGCCCACAGUUACUUCCUACACCACAAUCAACACCCCUGCAUCAAACACUCCAUCGCCCACAACAUCCACAAUAAACACAACGCCGGCAUCUAUCUUACCAUCAACUAGAGCCACUACACCCGUGUCCAGAACCAAAGUUGUCAACUCAAAAUCCGCAAGAGACUCCACUACUACUGCAACUACCAAAACAAAGUCAAAAGCCACUCCUUCAACUUCAUCAGCCACGACAUCUUCACCGGGUUUUUUUAAGAGAAUAUCGCACGAGUGGCACUCUUUUAUCCAUCGGUUGAAAUCAAUAUCUGAGGAUGCAUUUAUAGUAGAUAAUUUAAUUGAUGGUUUAUUUGUUGAUGAUGAGUCCGACGAGCAUAUGUCAUUUGAUAAAUUGGUUCGAGCAUCAAAAGGGUACAAUACAACAGAAGAAAAUUUUUUACGAGACUACAAGAAAUACAAGAGUUUAGAUAAGAUGUAUGAACAUUAUAAUGGUGGUGGUGGCGACACUGCUCAUGUUAACAACAGUAGCCAGUCUCAGACCAAUGAUGAUGAUAAUAAUAAUAAUAAUAGCCACCACUCAUUUGUCACGCAUAAUAGUCAAGUGUUGAAUAAUCAGGAUGUGGGAUCUUCUACGACUGUUGUUUCUGAUCAAGCUAGUUUCAAUAUUCGCACAACUUUACAAGAUGUUAUACGACAUCACCAGGCACGGUUUCAAAAUAUAGAUGAAGUUUCGUUAGAAGAAGAAGAAGAAGAAGCAGAGGAAGAGGAAGAGGAAGAGGAAGAGGAAGAGGAAGAGGAAGAGGCUUUGGAUAGCAUUACAGCAACUGGAUCUUCCACAAAUACUCAUGAUAUACCACAAUACAAUGAUAUCGACUUUACAAUACUACGCAGGGAAUUUGAGAGUAUGCUAGCAUCAACAUCAAAAGGACUUAACGAUUCAGCUAAAGUGAACAGUCAACCUACUUCACAACUACCAUCACUACCACUGCUACCAUUACUACCACCACUACCACAUCAACAACAGCAACAGGUCACAGGGGAUAUCAACGUGGGCACAGUACUAUGGAACUAUCGUCGUCGCAAAUGGCUAUAUUGUCCAGACAUUACAAAACCUGCUUCACGACUUGAACAAACUUCGAUUGCCCAUAUUCCCAGGGAAUCAUACUACAAGGUUUAUUCUUCACUAGUCAAUGAAAACAGAGCAUUGAAAAGGGAUAAACAUAUCAACUUGAGUGAUUUGAUCAAGAUUGUUCAUGUGGGAUGGGUUGAAGAGAAAAAGUGGGAGCCAUAG